GUCGAUGUAAGGCUGUUACUUUGCAGAGUGGUACGGAAGAACGAUGCACCGAGCCUCGGCUCGUCCCCAGCUUCCAACAUCCGGGGCAAGCUCCGAUGACGAACAUCUACCCGUGUGUCGCAAUGGAUAUCCAUAUUUCUCCUGACGACGCCUGCACUCCUUAUCCAACCCACACUAAUCAUCAAAAUGGAUAACAGCUCACUCUUCGAUGUCAAGGGCAAAAUCGUCCUCGUCACAGGCGGCGCGAAAGGCAUCGGUCGCAUGAUCACCGAAGGCUUCGUCCAAAACGGCGCUACAGUAUACAUAUCGUCUCGGGACGCUAAAGCCUGCGAGGAAGCGUGCAAGGAAUUAAACGCCCUCGGUAAAGGCAAGGCCGACUUCAUCGCAGCCGACCUGUACAAGGAAGAUGCAGCAAAGAACAUAGCCGACGAGCUGAAGAAGAGAGCAGGCAAGCUUGAUGUCAUCGUCAACAAUAGCGGAAGCAACUGGGGCGAGUCGUACGACAACUACCCUGCCGCAGCAUGGGACCGCGUCCUUAAUCUCAAUCUCAAGCGCGUCUUUCAACUUACGCAAGCCGUCACACCCCUCCUCGAAGCCGCCUCGACCCCUACAUCUCCCGCCCGCAUCAUCAACAUCGGUAGUGUCGACGGUCUGCGCGUCCCCGCCCUCGAGACUUUCGCCUAUUCCGCUUCCAAAGCCGGUCUUCACCACAUGAGCAGAGUACUAGCGAGCCACCUGGGCAAGCGCGGUAUCACAAGCAACACGAUCGCGUGCGGUCCCUUCCAGAGCAAGAUGAUGAAGGCUACAUUGGAGAAGUUCAAGGAUGUCAUUGAGAGCGGGAUACCAUUGGGACGCAUUGGCAGCCCAGAGGAUGUUGCGGGAACUUGUAUUUGGCUAUCGAGCCGCGCAGGGUCCUAUGUUAACGGCGCGACUAUCGCGUUGGACGGUGGUAGCGUCGUUGGCGCGAAGUUGUAAAUAUACCUUUUGCAUAUCAUCUCACAUCCACAUGAGUUACAUCAAUCAGACAUUACGAAGGCUGGAUAUCCUCAGAACGUAACUGGUCUUUAUAGACAUCUAGCAGAAGCACAUGUAUACCUCAAA